AUGUCAUUAUUGUCUAAAGAUAUAAAUUUCAUUCUUAAUCUAUUAAAUGAAGAUACAUGUGGUACAAAUUUAACGUUUGAUCAAAUAUCUACACAAUUUCAACAUGGAAUAAAUAAGCAUGAUUACUUAAAAGUCGGUAAUGCUCUUGUUUUACUACUACAGAAUCGUGAUUUAACUCCGACAUCACAACAACGUCUUAUUAUUUUGUAUUUAUUCUUUGACAUGUAUAAAAUUGAACCAUUACAUUUACAUACAAAUCCAUUUGCACCUGUUUUUCUUACUGUUUUAUAUCCUUCUCAAACAUUAGGAUCGAUGUCAACAAUAAACGAUACGAAUAACGAUACGACAUCCACAGCUACAGUGCAACAAAAACGUUUUCAUUGGAUAAUAUCAAAAGUAACAUCACAUGAAAGAUGGUUUGUGCAUACACUAAUGAGCGGUAGUAGUACGACAAAAGAUUUGUUAAAAAAAACGCCAAAUCAAAUCUUACAGAUGCCACUUCCAUCAUCGCCUUUAUUCGAUGAUAGUAAUCAUGAUUAUUUUAAACAACAAGUAAUUGAACGUACAAAACAAUUACCGUUGACUGCUCAGUGUCAUUUACCAGCUGUUAUCGAUGAUCCUGAAACAAAUAAAUAUAAUUUCGAUACAUUAUUUACUCGUAAUGGUGCUCUAAAUAAUAAUAAUAUAAAAGAUGAUUAUAAACAAGUUGUAGAAAAAUUAUUUAUUGGUCAAAAACCAUCUAUGGAACAAACUAUACGUCCAGAAUUUUUACGUUUAGUACCACCAUUACAUAUUAGUCUUGAUUGCGAUGAGUUAAUAUGGAUGAAUCCAAUUGAAAAUGAUAAUCAUAUGGUAGCAUGGGAUGGUUCAAUGUGUAUAACAAAUAAAAUAAGUAUUGAAAUUCGACAAUUGAUGGAUAAAGCGUAUAUGGGUCAAUUAAAUUUACAACAACAACAAAAACUAUUAGAUGAAUUAGAAACAGAUCCGUGUAUUGUCUAUCAUAUUGGUUUGACACCAUCAAAAUUACCAUCUCUUGUUGAAAAUAGUCCACUAAUAGCUAUCCAAUGUUUAUUAAAAUUGAUGCCUAGUAAUCAAUUAACAGAAUAUUUAUCGUCAUUAGUUAAUAUGGAUAUGUCAUUACAUUCAAUGGAAGUUGUUAAUCGUUUAACAACAUCAAUUGAUUUACCACAAGAAUUUUUGCAUUUAUACAUUUCGACAUGUGUAACAACAUGUGAAAAUACCAAAGAUCGAUUUUUACAAAAUAGAUUUGUGCGUUUAGUUAGCGUAUUUAUUCAGUCAUUAAUUCGAAAUAAAGUUAUCGAUGUUAAAGAUUUAUUUUUAGAAGUUCAAGGUUUUUGUAUCGGUUUUAGACAUAUUAAAGAAGCAGCGGCUCUAUUUCAGUUGGUCAAAAAAAUGGAUAGUAAUAAUAACAACAAUAAUAACGGUAAUGGUAAUUCGCAUACAAUAACAACAGAAGAAACAAUAUCAUCAACAGAGGAACCUAUGUUAAAUGAUUAA